GUAAUUGUUUUGUGUUAAAUCUGUAAACAUCGGUUUGAAUAAUGUAAGUUCUUUGUUUAUUUAAUCAAAAACUAGUAAAUGCAUGACACUUGUUUCAUAAUUUUAUAUUAUUUAGUCUCUUGAUAAAAUAGUUUUGAUAUAAUAAAAGUUUUUUGUUGGCACCCUACGAAAACCUCGUAUGAACCUAUCAUUCUAUAAUGAAUGUUACAUCCCACGAAUGUUUAGUGCUAGACAUACGAGUAUUUCAUGCAUGGUCCUCUAGAGGUAAAUCUAUACUGCAGCUAGCUUUAACACAAAAUGAAUCGUCAGAAGAUGUAAAUAGUGAAAGAGACAAUGUCAUACCCUCUACGUCUAGAGAUGUUGAUAGGACGUCUCCAAUGGAGUUGUUGGAAGAUAACGAUGACUCGGAUGCGGAUCCACUGUUCAACCCAGAAGAAGAGACAGAAUCGGAGUCUGAACCUGAUGCAGACAGAGAAAAUUUAUCAAAUGAAGCACCUUUAGCAAUAAUUACUAGCACGAAGGCAAAACGAGCAAAACGAGGACGAGCAAGUAAAGACAACUGGACUUCGGAGAAACAAAGAAUAAAAAGAAAUAAGGGAGAAGAAUAUUUUGGUAGACGAAAAACAGAACAAGGAAAAAUUAUUUUUGAUGUACCUAGGGCUUCCAGACAACUGAAACCUCGAUGUAGCCACACAAUUUCUACGUUCUUUAAGUGCAGUUCUGUAAGUGAUAAUUUAAGGCAGGAAAUUUUUACUACUUACUGGAAAAUGAGUCGGCAGGAGAAAAAGUGUUUUGUAAAGGCACUAGUUUUGAAGAAAGGGGUUAAACAAAGACGAACAGUUAAUCCAAAUUCUCGUAGAGGCAAUUCCUUUCAGUACCAUUUAAAAGAUGUAGGUACCACCUUUCACGUUUGUAAAAAAAUGUUUUUACAUACAUUAGCCAUUGGAGAAUGGACAGUUCAUGCGUGGGUCGGUAUUAAAGAUAAAAUUAGCACAACAAGAAAUCCUGUCAUCAAAGCUAACGAGAACGCCAAUAGACAAAAGGUUCAUGAUUUUCUUGAUAGUCUACCAAAAUUGGAAGCACAUUAUUGUAGGAAAGAUACAGCCAAAUUAUAUUUAGAGCCUAUGUGGCAAUCAAAAUCUAAAUUGUAUACAGAAUACUUUUUGGAUUUAAAUAUUGAACAACAGCAUUCAGUAUCAAAAUUUGUAUUCUGGCAAAUUUUUGAUGAAAUGAAUUUUGCUUUAUUCCGACCAAAGGAAGACCAGUGCGAUAUCUGCUGUGGCUACAGAACAAAAAAUGUUACUGAGAUUUCUUACAAUAGGCAUAUUGAACGUAAAGAUGAGGCGAGAAAUGAGAAAGACAAAGACAAGGCAAAUCAAGAUCCAUCUGUAGUGGUGUUUACGAUUGACCUACAAGCCGUAUUACUUUGUCCUUUUUUAAAAGCAUCAGCACUGUAUUAUAAAACGAAACUUCUCGAUAUCCCUUAUGUAAACUCCAUACGUCCUGGUAACCGUGUUGGAGAUCCUGUUGUAGUGGAUUUGUGUGCAAUACAAUACCAUCCUGAAGGUACGAUGCAAGUUAAGAAAAAAUUCUCAGAUAGUUACGAGGAUUUACACAGGCGUAUUAAAAAACCGGACGCCACUGACAAUUUUAUGAAAUUAUAUACCAGAAGAAAUUCUAUUAAAAUACAGAAAUUCAAUCAUCUUCAAGAAUUAAAGAUGGUCAUUCCAAAAGAUAUUCAUUCAUUUUAUGAUGAGCUGCCACACUAA